AAAUCAAAACAAACAACGUUUUGGACAUCCGUCACUGCUGAACGAGGAGGAUCACAAAUGGAGGACGUUGAGGAGGAUGACAAGAGCCACAUGAGCGGCUCAGCGACAUCUUUACCAGAGAUCCAUAGCACCAUCAACUGGAACAAAAUUCAUGAUGAGUGUGUGAGUAAAGUCCAUCAACACAUCCACACUGGAGAGAGACCAUACAGCUGUGAUAAAUGUGAGAAGAGAUUCACCAGAAAAAGCAACCUGACACAACAUCAACUCAUCCACACUGGAGAGAGACCAUACAGCUGUGAUAAAUGUGAGAAGAGAUUCACCAGAAAAAGUGAUCUGACACAACAUCAACACAUCCACACUGGAGAGAGGCCAUACAGCUGUGGUAAAUGUGAGAAGAGAUUCACCAGAAAAAGCAACCUGACACAACAUCAACUCAUCCACACUGGAGAGAGACCAUACAGCUGUGAUAAAUGUGAGAAGAGAUUCACCAGAAAAAGUGAUCUGACACAACAUCAACACAUCCACACUGGAGAGAGGCCAUACAGCUGUGGUAAAUGUGAGAAGAGAUUCACCAGAAAAAGCAACCUGACACAACAUCAACACAUCCACACUGGAGAGAGACCAUACAGCUGUGAUAAAUGUGAGAAGAGAUUCACCAGAAAAAGUGAUCUGACACAACAUCAACACAUCCACACUGGAGAGAGACCAUCUAUUGUGGAAAGAGUUUUGUUCAAAUGGCACAUCAGGCAGUCCAUCGGCAUAACUGCAGAAGAAAGAGGCUAUGUCAUGUCUGAGUAGGAGAAAAGGAUGUUUUUCCAGACGCC